ACAGAUACACACAGACAGUUAUAAACACAACGGCCACCACCUUCCACCAUUGAACCCCAAAACGACGACGUAUAGCGCCACCUUCAACCUCCACUCUGAACAAAAUCCGCCGCAUACAACACAACAUGUCAUCUCUGAGAAACGCCGUUCCCAGACCUGCUCACAAAGAGCGUCAUCAACCGUCUUCGAGGAAGACAUUCGGAUUGCUCGAAAAGCACAAAGAUUAUGUUGAACGUGCAAAAGCUUAUCACAAGAAACAGGAUACUUUACGGAUACUUAGGGAAAAAGCUGCAAAUAGAAAUGAAGAUGAGUUUUAUUUUAAGAUGAUUAAAUCAAAAACUGUUGAUGGAGUUCAUAGACCAGUGGAGAAAGAUAACAAGUACACUCAAGAAGAACUUAUUUUGAUGAAGACACAGGAUAUUGGAUAUAUUCUUCAAAAGCUUCAGAGUGAGAAAAAGAAAGUUGAAAAGCUAUCUGCCAUGUUGCACUCUAUUGAUAAUAAUAAGCCAUUGAACAAUCAUGUUUACUUUGCUGAUGACAGGGAAGAAGCUAAAGAGUUAAAAUUACAACUCUCAAAAAGAAAAACUUCACCCACUUCUGAAGAUAUUCUUCCUAGUCUUAAAAGGAAAACGGAACGGUCUUAUAAAGAGUUGGAAGCAAGGAAAAAUAGAGUUAACCAGCUAGAGAAAGUUUACAUGGAUAUGGCGAUGACUAAGGAGUUGCAGAAAAAUGGUAGGAAACGCAAACUGCGGGAAGAUGAAAUUGUCAACCCAACCAAUAGACCGGUAUACAAGUGGUUUGCUGAAAGAAAGCGAUGAAAGAGUUGAUAACAUUUUGAGCAAGCUUCUUUCUUUUGCCUUUUUACUUCCGUCUCGUGACUGGAGUUGGAGAGUUAAAACUAUUUUAAUAUAUUGUCUAUAAUUUCUGUUGUCAGUUCAUUUUUUUCAGAGGUAAUUUAAACUAAAUGAAUGUUAACUGUAAUCUUAUUUAUUCACUUUAAACUUGAGAGACAAGUUUUUUUGGUAGAA